AUUGGGCCCAGAAUUAAGAUUACAAACUACAUAGCCCAUAAGGCCCAAUACAAAAAAUCAUCCGAAAUCUUUUGUUUCCCGGAUUUAUCUCCGUCGACGAUAAACCCUAACCGCCAUUAUCUAUUCACCGUAUCACAAUGACGUCAUCAUCUUCUUCAUCAAAUUCCAAAUUCUCAAGUCCACUCUCAGAAAAAAGCUGACUUUCUCCACCUUUCAUUAUGACUGCCACUCGCCGUCUUCUUCUUCCUCUCGGAGCUUCGCUCACUAGAGGAAGAUUUUCUUCCGAUCAAAUCCGAAAUGGUUUUCUAAGAAGUUUCCGAGGAUUCGCCACCGUUACUUCGUCGGAACCGGCGUUAGCUAAUCUGGAAGCGAAAUGUGCCGUUGCGAUUCGGGAAUGUUCUACAGUGGAAGACGAGAUCACGAAGAUCCGUCACGAAUUCGAGUUGGCGAAACAGAGGUUUCUUAAUAUACCUGAAGCUAUUAAUAGUAUGCCUAAGAUGAAUCCUCAAGGGAUAUAUGUGAAUAAGAAUCUGAGAUUGGAUAAUAUACAAGUUUAUGGAUUUGAUUAUGAUUACACUUUGGCACAUUACUCAUCUCAUUUACAGAGUUUGAUUUAUGAUCUUGCUAAGCAACAUAUGGUUAAUGAGUUUCGAUAUCCUGAUGUUUGCAUUCAGUUUAAGUAUGAUCCUACUUUUCCAAUCCGCGGGUUGUACUACGAUAAACUAAAAGGGUGCCUCAUGAAAUUGGAUUUCUUUGGUUCAAUCGAGCCAGACGGGUGCUAUUUUGGCCGUCGUAAGCUUAGUAGGAAGGAAAUAGAAAGUAUGUAUGGAACGCGACACAUAGGUCGUGAUCAAGCGAGAGGUCUGGUGGGAUUGAUGGAUUUCUUCUGUUUCAGCGAGGCCUGUCUUAUUGCAGACAUGGUUCAAUACUUUGUCGACGCCAAACUUGAGUUUGAUGCCUCUAACAUCUACAAUGAUGUCAAUCGUGCUAUUCAACAUGUCCAUAGAAGUGGAUUGCGAUUUACUUCUCAGAAUCAGCUUCUACGUUUCCUGAGAAUGCUAAAAGAUAAAGGAAAGAAGCUUUUUUUGCUGACCAACUCUCCGUAUCAUUUUGUCGAUGGUGGAAUGCGCUUUCUAAUGGAGGACUCUUUUGGCCUCAGAGAUUCCUGGCGAGAGCUCUUUGAUGUUGUGAUUGCCAAAGCAAAUAAACCAGAAUUUUACACAUCUGAGCACCCUUUCCGUUGUUACGAUUCAGAGAGGGAUAAUUUGGCAUUUACAAAAGUGGAUGCAUUUGACCCAAAGAAAGUUUACUACCAUGGCUGUCUCAAAUCCUUCCUUGAAAUCACAAAGUGGCAUGGCCCUGAGGUGAUUUAUUUCGGAGAUCACUUAUUUAGUGAUCUAAGAGGGCCUUCAAAAGCUGGUUGGCGAACUGCUGCCAUAAUUCAUGAGCUCGAGCGAGAGAUACAGAUACAAAAUGAUGAUAGCUACCGGUUUGAGCAGGCCAAGUUCCAUAUUAUCCAAGAGUUACUAGGUAGAUUUCACGCGACUGUAUCAAACAAUCAGAGAAGCGAAGCAUGCCAAUCUCUAUUGGAUGAGCUGAACAAUGCGAGACAGAGAGCACGAGACACAAUGAAACAAAUGUUCAACAGAUCGUUCGGAGCUACAUUUGUCACAGACACUGGUCAAGAAUCAGCAUUCUCUUAUCACAUCCACCAAUACGCAGACGUUUACACCAGUAAACCUGAGAACUUUCUGUUAUACCGGCCUGAAGCCUGGCUUCACGUUCCUUACGAUAUCAAGAUUAUGCCACAUCAUGUCAAGGUUGCUUCAAACCUUUUCAAAACCUGAGAUAUGUUUCAUUCCUCUAAGACUGAUACAGUUGAUUUCGUGAGACACGAGUCUCGACGAAGAAUCAGAUUAAGUUUGAUCGGAAGAAGAAAGCAAGCAGCUUUUA